AUGUUCGUCCUAAUUUCAAAAGUCCGUGACUACAACUGCCUUCUUCUGUAUAGAUCCGAUAUUUUGAGUAUUUUAUACAAAUAUGCAAUGGUUUUAAAGACUCGCCGCCCGUAUUGCUUCGAGAAAGAUGUCCCAAUCUUAGAAGUUAUUAGGUUUUCAGAGUAUGUAGUCCACGUUAUCGAGGAGUUCUCUAACUGCAACUCGUACGGUACACUUCCAGAUGACGGAAUACCAGUAUAUAUUAAGAAGCUUUCAAACGAAGCAAAGAAGAUCAAGUCGAAGUUGAUGAAGAAGGGAGUGAAGUUUACCAUGGGCUCCUGGGAUAUGCCAUACCACAGAAACGAAUCAUUGAACACUUUAGGUGAUAGUGAUGAGUUGAUUGUGGUAAAAACGCUUGGAGAAAGAACCAAAGAACUCCAAGAUAAUAUAUCUUCAAUUGAAGCCCAAAUGCACAGCAAUAAUGUAUUUGAACCUGGCUCUUCAGUAGACGAAUCAGUAAUUUCUGAACUAAUCAGCUCAUUGAGUCUGUACGAGUUUAAAACACAAAACUUGAUUCAGGAAUCAGUAGAUUCAGAAUCAAUGGAAAACUACGAUGAACUAAUGAAUAUAUUAGACUACAUAAAACAUUUGAUCAAUACUCUGAAUAGUAAAAUGUGCAUAUCUUUGGAUCAAGAAUACAUAGCAAACAAUUUGCCAGAAGCUAUUAGUUUUGAUCCAUUUGAUAAUAUUCCGUCACAAGAACAUACUUUACAUGAAAAUCAAACUGAACAAAUGGAUGGAAACGAGUCAGACGUAAGUACUGAAUUGUAUGAUUUCGCUCGACAAGAUGAAGCUGAAUCUGUGGAUCAACAAUCUGAAACUCAGAGACAAUUAUUAGAUGAACAAAUAGCUAGUGAGGAAUCAUUAAAAAACAGGUCUAAAGAAAUAUUGGAAGACAACUUCGAUCCCUUCGGAAUCAAUUUUAAUAAUCAACCAAGCACCUCCACACUCAGUACAGAGAAUUUGAACACAUCAGUUCCAUCAACAGUCGAUGAAUUAAUUGACCAUAAUUUGAACAAACCUGCUUCAGAGGAUGUAGAAUAUUUGAAGAAGUCGAGUGAAGCUCACGAAAGAUCCAGCUCUUUGGAUGAUUUUAAACACAAACCCAUGUUCAGAGAAGAAAAGUCACAGGAAAUCGAUUCGCACGAAGCUGAAUCAGAUUCUAACUCAGAUGAGACUUUAGAAGAUGAAGAGUCGAUGGAUUCACAAAUGGAUCAAUUCGUGGACCAAAAGGAUGAAGAACUAUUUGAAAGUACAGUAAGGUGUGAAUCAUUCAAGUCAAGUGAGAGAAAACCAGAAGAAUUUGAUUUAAAUAACUUAACCUCGGAUGAAUUGGUUUUGGAUGAUCAACAAGUUGAAGAGCUGGUGAAGAAUGUAGAAAUUCCUGAGAAAAUUGAACCUGAAGCUGAUGAGAAGGAAGCUGAGGAAUUGGCAGAAACUGAGGACAUUGAAAACUUGUAUAAAGAUAUAUCGUAUGUUAUGGGUACACUGAAGAGAAUAAAUACAUAUUUGGAGUCAAAACCGCCCAAAUUUGUAGCCAAUUCCAAGACUUAUCAAGAGCUUCAGGCUUCACUCCACAGGGACUUUUUCGACAAAUACCUGACAUACGGAAGUGACAAACUUUCUAAGAAAAAGUUGUUGGAACAGGAGGAAAAACAAUUAGCCCAGGAAGAGAAGAAGGUGAGAGAUGAAAUCUUAGGGAAAGACUUAUUUUCAAACAUGGAUGAGAAUCUGUAUAAGAGAUUGUCAAACAUAUAUUUGCCAAGGAAAAACUCGACCUUUUCCUCAAAUGUCCUGCCGUAUGACAACUCAUUAGUGAAGUCUUCAAUAUCGUCAUCAGUACCACCAUUCCCCUCAUAUUCUACAUACUCAAUAAAUACCUGCAUUGAUAACCCAUACAACAAUGCUCCAGUAACAAUAGAUUCACACACACCCACAUCUUACAAUCCUGGGCGAGAUACUUACUACACAAUCAACUACAACCCGGCUGAUUUACAAAAAUCGUCUGAGCUUCUGGACAAAAAAGGGAUUUAUAGCGAUUCGAAGAGGGCUGAAAUAGUUUUCACAAAAGGGAUACCGUCUGAUAAUCUAAAAAACAAGUUGAUAAAACAGUCACAACUUGCUAAAAGGUUAUUGGGAGGAAUUGAACAAUUUUCAUUUGAAGAACAGGAAGUCCCAGAUUUUGAAGAUGAAAGUGUAUUUUCAGAAACUGAACAUGAUGCUAAAAAUUCAAAUAAAUCAACUAAACUAUCCAUAGAAGACUACUCAGUAGAUGGAGAGGACAUUCCAGAAGAUUUUGAUGAUUUUGAAAAUCAACCUGAACCUGAACCUGACAAUUUUGAAGAGAACGUGAAUGAAUAUGGAUACCCAAUUUUAGAUUUUAAUGCAGUGGAUAACGAGAGUGCCAAAUCAGGAGAAAAUGAGAAAAUUCCAGAGGAUUUAUAUGAAAAAAUCUCAGAAAAAGAGCCUGAAGGAGAGGAAGGAGGUGAAGAUGAAGUUAAAGACGACUCUCAGGAAGGUAGUCUAAAUUACCAUAAAGUAUUUUAUAACAAGUAUAAAUCUAACGAGGAGCUUUCAGAUAUUAGCUUUGAUGAGGAAUCAAAAUCGUCAUCAGGAAGUUCCGAUAAAUCCUCAAAAUCAGGAGAUAAAAAAUCGCGAAGGAAGUCACAUAAGGGUGAAAAUGAGAAAUCUGAGCAUGAGAGGAAGCAUAAAAAGGAAAAGGGUGAGAAAAGGAAAGAGAAACAUAGAAAAGAAUCAGAUAGGGAGGAAAAAAGAGAGAAAUCACAUAAAAGAAAAGGUAAAUCAGGAAAGAAACAUGAUAAAGAUAAAAAACACUCUACAAAUGAUUUAAGAGAUUCGAGAUAUCAGCACUCAGUUCACGAAUCAACUAACUUAGAAGGAAGCCAGUAUGAUUACGGAAUGCCAUCGAAUUAUCAUUAUCCUGCACAAUAUUACAACAUGCCUACUCAUCGCAGAGAUUAUAGAAGAAGGCGUGAAGAAUACGGGGACAGAUAUGCCCCAUCGUAUUACGAACACGUUUCAGCCAGCUCACAAUAUGAAGAUGCCUCCUCAUUUACAGACCAAUACUAUGACUCAUAUGGUUCUGAAUCAAUUUAUGGUCACAGACCUGAUCCCAGAUAUUAUGCUUAUAAUCAGCACAAUACAUAUGAUAGAGGUGAUAAAUUUGAAAGAGUUGAAACCAACAGUAAAAUUGUAGAACUCAGCUCAACAAGUAAUACGGAUUAUGGAUCAAAUCAUAGUGGAAAUAUAGGUAAAUAUGUUAAGAUAGUAAAUGAUAAUGAGAAGUUUGUUAAGAAUUUUAAAAUACAAGAAAAUGGAGGAAGUGCAAAAGAUACAAAAGAUGAGGAUGAAACUCCAAACGAUUCUGAGAAAAAGGAACCAGAGCAAAAAUUAGAUAAUUCAGGAGCAAUAACAAACGCAAACUUGGUCAAAAAAGUAAUUAAACACGGAGGAGAUGUGAUAUACGAAGAUGAGCUUUUCUCAGUCAAAUUUAAGCAAUACACUAGAUAUGAGCCCGUUUUGUACAACGAAAAUACAAUAACAAUUCAAAACAACUCCAUGUUUUCAUUUUCUGUCUCUUUGGAUUACUCAAAUUUUGAAAACUUCCCAAUUAACCUCAAGUUCCUGAAUAAGGAUUUCAAAAACUUGAACAUUGUCCCUGAGGCUAAGAUUAACCAGUACUUCAGCACCUAUUGCUUUGGACCAUUUGUAGGCCUUCCAAAGGUAGAAAUUACAGCACACGUUGAUGCAAGCACUGACAAGAAAUAUAACAUUUACUUGCCAAUAGCAAUUUCCUGUUUCUUCGUGCCCACCUUAGAUAUUAACAGUUUAUCCCAAAGGUAUUUCAAUUCUGAUAAGUUCAGACAUAUCAUGAAGAAUAAGGUGUAUUUCAAUAUUCCAAAGGUGCUAAGCUUGAGAGAUGUGUUGACUGUCAUAACAACUUAUGGAAGGUUUAAGAUUUUACAGCAGGCUGACCAGUACUUUUAUUUGGCCUCCACCUUUUCAGCUCCCUUCUAUUUCAAUUCUCAAGAACUGUACAAAUUCACGAUAUUCGCAAUGAUUGAAAUCUCACCCAGCUACUACAACGUUCACAUUUCCUCUGAUUCAUACCGACUUGCAAACACCACCUCGAUGUUGUUUAAGUAUAUUUUACAACAGUAA